GUCUUCCAUCUCUCUACCUGCAUGUUGAUGGCCAGGCGGUGACACCUCCGCGCCAUGGGGUAGCAUAGCAGGUGUCUGUCCCCUCUCUGACCUCACUCCUGUCCCCUAGACUGCCAGGAACUACUGCUGCCACCUCAGGCCCCCAUGGCCUACAUUCCAGGCGGGGGUGCCCCAGCCGCGGGGGCAGGCCCCAUGGGCUCCCAGUACUGCGUAUGCAAGGUGGAGCUGUCGGUGAGCGGCCAGAGCCUCCUGGACCGGGACGUCACCUCCAAGUCCGACCCCUUCUGUGUCCUCUUCACGGAGAAUAAUGGCCGAUGGAUCGAGUACGACAGGACGGAAACUGCGGUCAACAACCUCAACCCCGCCUUCUCCAAGAAGUUCGUGCUGGACUACCACUUCGAGGAGGUGCAGAGGCUCAAGUUCGCCCUCUUCGACCAGGACAAGUCCAGCUCCCAGCUGGACGAGCACGACUUCCUGGGCCAGUUCUCCUGUAGCCUAGGCAUGAUCGUCUCCAGCAAGAAGAUUACCCGGCCUCUGCUGCUGAUGAAUGACAAGCCUGCAGGAAAGGGCUUGAUCACGAUCGCUGCCCAGGAGCUGUCAGACAACCGGGUCAUCACACUGAGCCUGGCGGGAAGGAGGCUGGACAAGAAGGACCUCUUUGGGAAGUCAGACCCAUUUCUGGAGUUUUACAAGCGAGGAGACGAUGGCAAGUGGAUGCUGGUCCACAGGACUGAGGUGAUCAAGUACACGCUGGACCCCGUGUGGAAACCAUUCACAGUGCCCCUGGUGUCCCUGUGUGAUGGGGACAUGGAGAAGCCCAUCCAGGUCAUGUGCUAUGACUAUGACAACGACGGGGGCCACGACUUCAUCGGCGAGUUCCAGACCUCCACGUCACAGAUGUGUGAGGCUCGCAGCGGCGUCCCGCUGGAGUUCGAGUGCAUCAACCCCAAGAAGCAGAGGAAGAAGAAGAACUAUAAAAACUCAGGUGUCAUCAUCCUGCGUUCCUGCGAGAUAAACCGCGACUAUUCCUUCCUGGACUACAUCCUGGGAGGCUGCCAGCUCAUGUUCACCGUUGGAAUCGAUUUCACAGCCUCCAACGGGAAUCCUCUUGACCCUUCCUCUUUGCACUAUAUCAACCCCAUGGGCACCAACGAGUACCUGUCAGCCAUCUGGGCAGUCGGGCAGAUCAUUCAGGACUAUGACAGUGAUAAGAUGUUUCCGGCUCUGGGAUUUGGGGCGCAGUUACCCCCAGACUGGAAGGUCUCCCAUGAGUUUGCCAUCAACUUCAACCCCACCAACCCCUUCUGCUCAGGCGUGGACGGCAUUGCCCAGGCGUACUCGGCUUGCCUGCCCCACAUCCGCUUCUACGGUCCCACCAACUUCUCCCCCAUCGUCAACCACGUGGCCCGGUUUGCAGCCCAGGCCACGCAGCAGCAGACAGCCACGCAGUACUUCAUCCUCCUCAUCAUCACGGAUGGUGUCAUCAGUGACAUGGAGGAGACGCGGGACGCUGUGGUGCAGGCUUCCAAGCUACCCAUGUCCAUCAUCAUUGUGGGCGUGGGCAACGCUGACUUCGCUGCCAUGGAGUUCCUGGACGGGGACAGCCGCACACUGCGCUCCCACACAGGAGAGGAGGCAGCCCGAGACAUCGUACAAUUCGUGCCCUUUCGAGAGUUCCGCAACGCAGCGAAAGAGACCUUGGCCAAAGCUGUGCUGGCAGAGCUGCCCCAACAAGUCGUGCAGUAUUUCAAGCAUAAAAACCUGCCCCCCACCAACUCGGAGCCCGCCUGAGCACCAGUGCCCAGUGGCAGCAUGCGGCCGAGCCCCCUUCCCCCAGAAACGCGCACGCUCACCCUGCUUCCCUGUGGGUGGCCUUUUCUACCGAUCCACAUUUUUAUUUUUUACAACCGGACUUCCACCCCCAACUUCCCCCAGCCCAGCUGGGCUUCCUUUGUUGAAGUGAACUGAUGAUGCUUCCGGCCCGACUGGCUUCCUCUCCCCUCCCUUGCCACUCUUAAGUAUUGAAUGUACUUUGUAUAAUUCUAGUGGAAUUGUUAUUAAGGAGAAUAAAAUUUUUACAAUCAUAA